AUGUCUCGAUCCCGACAGCCCCCUCUUGUGACAGGCAUCUCUCCAAAUGAAGGCAUCCCAUGGACGAAGGUCACGAUUAGAGGGGAAAACCUGGGGACUGGGCCAGCUGACCUCAUAGGUCUGACAAUUUGUGGGCAUAAUUGCCUCCUGACAGCAGAGUGGAUGUCUGCAAGUAAAAUAGUGUGUCGAGUGGGACAGGCCAAGAAUGACAAAGGAGAUAUUAUCGUCACGACCAAGUCGGGUGGCAAAGGAACCUCCACAGUGUCUUUCAAGCUGCUCAAACCUGAGAAAAUAGGCAUUUUGGAUCAGUCCGCUGUGUGGGUUGAUGAGAUGAAUUACUAUGACAUGCGCACCGACAGGAAUAAAGGGAUUCCUCCGUUGUCCCUGCGUCCUGCCAACCCACUCGGCAUCGAGGUUGAAAAAGGUAAAUUUCCCCAGAAGGACUUAGAAAUGCUGUUCCCUGGAAUGAGUGCUGACUUUACAAGUGAGAACUUUUCAGCUGCCUGGUACCUAAUCGAGAACCACUCCAACACCAGUUUUGAACAACUCAAAAUGGCGAUCACCCACCUGAAGAGACAGGCUAACAAGAAGAGCGAGGGCAGCCUGGCGUACGUGAAAGGGGGGCUCAGCACUUUCUUUGAGGCGCAGGACGCCCUCUCAGCUAUCCAUCAAAAACUAGAAGCGGAUGGAACGGAAAAAGUAGAAGGGUCCAUGACGCAGAAACUGGAGAAUGUUCUGAACAGAGCAAGUAACACUGCAGAUACGUUAUUUCAAGAAGUCUUAGGUCGAAAGGACAAGGCAGAUUCCACUAGAAAUGCACUCAAUGUGCUCCAGCGAUUCAAGUUUCUUUUCAACCUCCCUCUAAAUAUUGAAAGGAACAUCCAAAAGGGUGAUUAUGAUGUGGUUAUUAACGAUUAUGAAAAGGCCAAGUCACUUUUUGGGAAAACAGAGGUGCAAGUUUUCAAGAAAUAUUAUGCUGAAGUAGAAACACGGAUUGAAGCUUUAAGAGAAUUACUUCUAGAGAAGUUGCUUGAGACACCAUCGACUUUACAUGACCAGAAACGUUAUAUAAGGUACCUGUCCGACCUCCACGCGCCUGGCGACCCUGCGUGGCAGUGCAUUGGGGCCCAGCACCGGUGGAUCCUCCAGCUCAUGCACGGCUGCCGGGAGGGCUGCGCGCGGGACCUCAAAGGGCCCCCGGGCCUUCACGGUGCCCCGGUGGACCUCGACGCUGAGGUGCGUGCCCCCGCGCCCAGUCAUCUUGGGCAGACGGCGUCGCUGAAGAGGGGCAGCAGCUUCCAGCCUGGUCGAGAUGACGCGUGGAGAUGCAAAACUCCCCAUCGGGUGGCAUUUGUUGAAAAACUGACCAAGCUUGUUUUAAGUCAGCUGCCCAACUUCUGGAAACUUUGGAUUUCAUAUGUUAAUGGAAGCCUUUUCAGUGAGACCGCUGAGAAGUCAGGCCACAUUGAGAGAUCAAAGAAUGUAAGGCACAGACAAAAUGAUUUUAAGAAAAUGAUCCAGGAAGUCAUGCAGUGUCUCGUGAAGCUGGUCCGCGGGGCCCUGCUCCCACUCGGCGCGGCGGAGGGCGGAGGGCGGCAGCACGGAGGCUGGGAGGCGAAGGCCGAGCUCUCCGGACAGUGGCUGGCACACGUCAUCCAGACUCUCAGGCUGACGUAUGAAUCGCUGGCUGCCCUUGAGAUCCCUAAUGACCUGCUGCAGACCAUCCAGGACCUCAUCUUGGAUCUCCGAGUGCGCUGUGUGGUGGUCACGCUGCAGCACACAGCCGAAGACAUAAAGAGACUGGCAGAGAAGGAGGACUGGGUUGUCGACAGCGAAGGCCUGACGUCUCUACCCUGCCAGUUCGAGCGCUGUGUGCUGCUUUCCCUGCAGUCACUGCAUGGUGUCCUGGAGUCCAAGCCUGGAGAGCCCAGCGUCUUCCAGCACCCUAAAACCCAGGAGGAGGUUUGCCAACUGAGCAUCAAUAUCAUGCAGGUUUUUAUAUACUGUCUGGAACAGUUGAGCACCAAACCGGAUGCCGAUGUAGACACUGCACAUCUCUCUGUUGAUGUUUCUUCUCCUGAUCUGUUUGGAAGUAUCCAUGAAGACUUCAGUUUGACUUCUGAACAGCGACUUUUGAUAGUCCUGAGUAAUUGCUGCUACCUAGAACGUCACACCUUCCUAAACAUAGCAGACCAUUUUGAAAAACACAACUUCCAGGGAAUAGAAAAAAUAGCACAGGUGAGCAUGGCCUCACUCAAAGAUCUGGACCAGAGGCUGUUUGAAAGCUACAUUGAGCUGAAGGCAGACCCCAUCGUGGGCUCCUUGGAACCUGGCAUUUACGCUGGCUACUUCGACUGGAGGGACUGCCUGCCCCCAACAGGUGUCAGAAACUACUUGAAAGAAGCAUUGGUGAAUAUAAUCGCCGUGCAUGCAGAGGUGUUCACUAUCUCCAAGGACCUGGUGCCCCGGGUGCUGUCCAGGGUGGUGGAGGCGGUCUCUGAGGAGCUGAGUCGGCUCAUGCAGUGCGUCUCGUCCUUCAGCAAAAAUGGAGCUUUACAGGCCAGGCUUGAAAUCUGCACCCUGCGGGACACUGUGGCGGCCCACCUGACACCGGAGAGCAGAUCCAGUUUCAAGCAGGCCCUGGAAGCCCUGCCUCAGCUCUCAAGCGGAGCAGACAGAAAGCUGCUGGAGGAGCUGCUGAGCCGGGUCAAGAGUGGCAUGCACCUGCAGCUGGCCUGCUUCCAGGCUGCCCCCCCACCCGCUGUGAAGACGUAG